AUGGCUACCGCUACCGCUACCCCUACUGCCACAACGUCGGGUGCGACACAGCCCUUUGUUACAAAAUGGUCUUCUCGAUAUCGUGGGGCCACUGUCGAAGACCUCGACCCUCCAGCCGCACUCUCACUCAACCCCUCCGACGCCAUCUCCCUCGCCCUCAUGUCCGCCUUUGAGCGCGACUACACGCAUCUUACCAUCGUCGAUGCCGACACCCGCGCGUUGCUAGGCUACAUAUCCAUUCCUCACCUUCAAUCCCUUCUCGACUCAGGCAAGGUCAAGCCUGAAGAUCAGCUCUCAGCCGCCAUGACACGCUUCCAGCGCAAGGGCCGUACCUACCAGGUCAUCACCAUGGAGACGACCCUCGAGGAGCUUGAGAACUUCUUCCGUGGCGGCGCACCUGAUGGACCGUGGAAGCAGGAAUUUGCCGUUAUCACGGAUGAGAAGAGGAGGUUUGUCUUGGGCGUCGCGACAGUACAGGACCUCGAGGAGUUUGUGAAACGAAGACCCGAGUAA